UAAAGCGAAGUAGAGAAAAAAAAUUAAGAAGAAACAAAUCACAAAAAAGGUUCUUGAAGAAAGUAUCUCUGUGUGAACGUGAAGGGCGAGACCGAAAGGAGAAAUUAGAAUAAAAAGCGACAAAAAGUAUUCCCGUGUAAACUCAGCCAUACGCAACCUCAUUGUCGCCAUGUGGUAUGCUCAAACGUAACAGUCUUUGGUAUAUUCGCACUUUCUUUACUGGACCAACUGACGUCGGUUUAACGUUUAAAAUAAUGCAUGCAACGCCUUUUAUUCAGCCGUUUCAAAUUGUGUGGCUGCCUAUUGGGAUAAUUCUCUGUGGAGCAGUCGCAUGCUUGCUAUACCAAGCGAGCUCGUUGUCUGGAGAGGUUCUUGCCAAUUUCGCCUUACCUUCAGCCACUAUAACCAUAAUUUAUAACUCAUGCCGUUUGAUCUGGGGAAGUAGUGUGGUACACGGCUCUACGAAGAGGGAUAUGGAAAAGGAAAGUGGUGUAACUAUCCUGUCAGUUCGGAGCUGGCCCACCCGCUCUACUCGUGUUCCUUGAGUUGCCAUGGACCUUGUUACGGCUGUCAUGUUCCCUCCUUUACCUGACAUCGGUUCAGCUGCCUAUAAUACGUCCAUUCCUAAUUCUGUUUGUUAUCGUAUCGUCACACACAUUUCCCUUAUAUUACGCCAACGUGUCAUAAUUUAUAUAAUUUAUAUUUUGACAUUAUUAUCAUAAGUUUUGUUUG